AUGUGUCGAGAGCGAGAAACUCUCCAGACUGUCAGUCAGCUGAUGACCCAGAGCGCCCAAGAGCUGAUGGGAGGUCUGUGCAGCCUGAGGGUCAACGCGAGACCUGAGUUCUGCCUGCCAGAGUCACCUGGAUACUGCUUUGGGCCGUCAUCAUCGCCACCUCAUUGCCACCUCCUCGCCCUUAUUAUCAUCAUAACCCUCAUCUCCACAUCUGCCUCCUGUGUGCUCGGAGCGUUGGAGUUGGCCUUCUUGAAGGAGCCUGGUGAUGUUAUUGCGGUCAGGGGCCGUCCCCUGAUGCUGGACUGUCAGGUGGAGGGGGAGGGGCCUAUCGCUAUCACCUGGAGACUCAACGGGGUUCCCAUAGCGACUGGUACCAGAGCAACAGUGCUCACCAACGGCACGCUGCUCAUCAGAAAUUUCUCCAAGAGACGAGAGAGCAACGAGACGGAUGCCGGAGAGUACGAGUGUGCAGUGCAGAACCGCUAUGGCAUGCUGGUCAGCCGCAAGGCCCGCGUCCAGCUCGCAUCCCUCCCUAAGUUCCUCUCUCACCCAGAGUCCAUGCAUGUGGAUGUAGGGGGUGUGGCCAGACUCACCUGUCAGGUGAAUGGUAUCCCAGAGGCCAAAAUCACCUGGCAGAAAGACAGAUGCUCACUGAGCACCGAUAACCACAGGUACACCUUGCUUCCUAAUGGCGUGCUGCAGAUCACCGGCGUUCAGCGGACUGACAGCGGUUUGUUUCGCUGCAUCGCCUCAAACAUCGCCAACACUCGCUACAGCCACGAAGCCCAGCUGACUGUCACCGGUAAGACAAAACUGAGGGCAAGGAUCUACAAGGAGCCCGUAAUCCUGUCCGGCCCUCAGAACCUCACCAUCAAUGUCCACCAGACCGCCAUCCUGGAGUGUGUUGCCACAGGAAACCCCCGGCCCAUCGUGUCCUGGAGUCGCCUCGACGGCCGGUCCAUUGGCGUGGAGGGGAUCCAGGUUCUGGGAACAGGAAACCUGAUGAUCUCUGAUGCCACUCUGCAGCACUCAGGCGUUUACGUUUGUUCGGCUAACAGACCGGGCAGCAGGUCCAGGAGGACGGCGCUUGGACGCCUCGUUGUACAAGCUCCUCCAGAGUUUGUUCAGUGGCCACAGUCUGUCUCCAGACCAGCAGGGGCCAGCGCCGUCUUCAGCUGCACAGCGUCUGGCGUCCCCGACCCCCACCUCAUCUGGCUGAAGAAUGGCAAACUGCUGAUACCCAGCGGCAACGUCAAGCUCACCAACGGGAACACGACGCUCGCCAUCACCCGCAUCACCCCCGAGGAUGAAGCCAUCUACCAGUGCAUUGCCGAAAACAGCGCUGGCACCAAUCAGGCCAGCGCUCGCCUCGCCAUCAGCCAGGGCUCAGAGCUGCCCGAGGCCCCCAGCGGCCUCCAGGCGGCAGCGCUGAGCUCCAGCAGCCUGCAGCUGACCUGGGACCAGCCGGCAGAACAUGUGAGCCAGCAGAUCAUCGGAUAUGUCCUGCACAUCAGGAAACUGGGCGAGCCGGACAGUGCUGAGCUGCAGGAGGCCGUCAGUAAAACCACCUUCAAACACGAAUUCAGCAACCUGGAAGCUGCCACCACCUACUCCAUCUACCUGAAGGCGUACUCGGCGCUGGGAGGCAGCCAGCAGUCUGACAGCAUCAUGGCCAGCACGCUGGGCGGUGUUCCCAGUCCUCCCAGUUUCUUCACUAAGGUCCUGAACCAGACCGCCAUGCAGGUGUACUGGGAGCUUCCGAGCAAGCCGGGGAAGCUGGAGGGCUUUAGACUGGAGUACCGCAGUGUUUCCAACCCAGAAGUGCAGGGGCAGGAAACCUUCCCAGCACACAUCAACACCCACACCAUCUCCCACCUGGAGCCGGUGGCCAUUUACGAAAUCCAGCUGGUGGCGUUUAACGGGAACGGAGACAGUCCGUCCAACCGCCGCCUUGUAUCUCUGGCAGAGGGAGAGAGAGCUGCAGCAGCUGGUUCAAGCUGUAACUGCGAUCAGGCUGACAGCUCGACGUCCGCUCUGCUGGUCGGCCUUCACAGUGGCCUAGCCUGCAUCCUCUGCUGCCUGCUGCUCGUCCUGCUGGCAUACAGACGCAAGUAA